AAUGACAUGAUAGGAAGACAUUUUGAGCCUCCACGCUUCCUGAAGUGGGUUCAUUUUAUCGUUUGCGUUCUGUCUUUCUUGGCUGCUUGCUGGUUUCACUGGAAACACCAGCCUUAGUGAUGCCAAUCUGAUCGGCAAUGGUAGAGAAGAGCAAGAGAAGGAGGAACACAAGGAUGAGGUUUGAGCUGUCCUUGCCCCUCCUGGGACUCCUGCUGUGUGCGGUUGGCACCGCAGCUCAGGAGGGCCCAUCUUCCCGUGAAGAACUCCAGGUGGAUAUUUCUGGAACCACAGUGACAGUCAUAUGCCCCUUGACUGAAGACGUAACAUGGAGUCCAAAAAGUUUAGAGGCUCAAGGCAAUACGUACGUGAAAGAGAAUCACGACAGUUCUCCUCUCAAUUUGACGUGUGCAUCAGGUAGUGACAACAUCCAAAUGUACCUGAAGGCCAGAGUGUGCACCAACUGUAGGGAGCUGGAUACCUUGACUGUGACAGGGAUCAUCAUUGCAGAUCUUCUCAUCACCCUUGGGGUGCUGAUUUUGGUCUACUACUUCAGCAAAGACAGGAAGGGGAGACCGAGCGCUGGUGCUGGCAGUCGGCCACGAGGUCAGAAAAUGCAGCGUCCUCCCCCUGUUCCAAACCCAGACUAUGAGCCCAUCCGGAAAGGCCAGCGGGAGGUGUAUGCAGGCCUGGAAUCCAGGGGCUUCUGACAUUCCCACAGAAGAAGGCUGGAUGGAAAACUGUGGCAGAGGAGUCGCGUGCUUCUGCCCAGCUUGCUACCAGUUCUCUGCAGGCCUGCUGAGGCCCAGGCAUUUUGGGGUAAGCCAGGUGGCUGGACGGGACAGGCGUCCUGCUGCCCUAUGCUGUCCCACCCCAAGAUGUUCCUUCAGUCUAACAUUAGGGAUAAGAAACAAAUGAGACUAUUGGCAAGAGAAGUUUUCCGUCUCAUUAAAGGACUGGAGCCUCACUCGUUGUUCCUGGCCUCCUUUCCCCUUGUCCUCCUCUCUCUCUGCUCCAGUUGCAUGCUCUGGUUUUCCCUCCAGUUUCAUUUCUGCCCCAAGUGCCUCCACUUGCUCCUUGUGCUUCCUGGGUAGCUGGUGGGUGAAGAGUGGGUCCUUGUCAGAGCGACUGGCCUCUGACCUUAUCCUGCUCUCAGGCUCUUAGCUUUUGCUGCCCAUGACUGUAACAAAAAGGAACAGAGGCAGUCAGUAUAUUAAAAAGAAAAUGUACAUUUUCAUAGUGAGGCCACUGCUUUGAAUGAAAAUAUUUCAGUUAAAAGAAAAAAAUAAGUUUUCCUUUAAAAAAAAAUGAGAAGCAUGUCUAUAAGUACAUGCCGGCAGGCCUGCCCAGCCCCCUGCCCUUCUGAGGGAAAUGUGGGGGCUGAGUACCCCUUUGCAUCCAGGGUCCUUUGUGUUUCAGACCUUUGUCGGGACAUCCUUAAUGGGUCACACGGGAAUUUGGCACCUUCCCAUGUCAUCUGAAAGCCAGCUAGGAAAUUAAAGUGCUUGGCUGAGCGUUAGAUCUUUGUUACUAUUAAAUUAUAGGGCUCUUAGAUAUUACAGCUAAGAUUUGACCCCCAUUUAGCAAUCAAUGAGUAUCACCUCUGCAGUCUGACUGAGACAGCACAGCAGGGAUUUUUGUGUUUCCCAGAUUAGAACUGAGACCCUUUGGCUCAGCCCCAGGAGCAGCACUCUGUUCUGCAGCAGCUUGUUUGCUGGAAUUGAAAGGAACGUGUUGGGGCCACAGAGGCAGUGCUCAGGACCCACAAAAUCCAAGGGAGCAUCUAACUCUUUUGCUGCGUUGCCCUUCUCAUCCCACAGACUUCAAGGACUCCGUUUUUACUGAUAUUUUAUAGUGUAGUCUAGGAUAGCAUAGUCUAGGAUAAAAAUAUUUCUUUGACUGGCUUGUGCCCCAAGGCUGUACAUUUGCUGCUGGAGUUUCAUUUUCCAGAACUAUUGUCACUUGCAGAUUCUCAUGAUCUGUCCUUGCCGGCUGCCCUUUCUCUCCCUACUUGAGUUCUGCUUGGGCUCUAUUAGAAAGAUGGCAGGCUGCCUUGCCAUUGGUAAAGAUGUUUCAGCUUUCUUUAUAUACAUUUAAAAAUUGCAAUAUAUUAAUAAAAUGGGAGACCGAACCUCCAGAUAUGCAUUG